AUGAAUGGACAAACGAGUAAACCUUUUAAACAGAGGAAAAGCUUCUGUAAGUAUCACAGUUUGGAAUUUUUACGGGGAAUCGACAAACCGCCAUUAACUCGUCAUCAUGUAUACUAAAAUUAUUACUGUUUUGCCUUUUUCCUCUGUCCUAUCGCGGUAAUUUGUAAAUUAUAUCUUUUGUGCAUUUUACCGAAAACCUCAGCGGCAAGGAAAAGGGAUUCAGAAUCCAUCGUUCGGCAAUACCCCGACAAAGUGCCGGUAAGAGUUAAUAUUAGUCACAUCCCUCCAUGUUUUUUAUUUCGGCUAUUGUCAAAAUCAUGUUCUUAAAAUUUAUUCAUGAUACAUCAUGACUUACUUACUUAUAUCAAUCAUGUUUUAUACCCAUUUAUAACAUGUUAUCAAUAUUUUUAUUCAAAAUAUUUCAAUACGUUUCGUUUUUCGUUUAGGUUAUUGUGGAAAGAUUAAAAACAGAGAAAAAUUUGCCAGUCCUCGAUAAAAUUAAAUACUUAGUUCCCGCAGAUCUCACCAUGAGCAGCUUGUCAAGCAUCAUAAGGUGAGAUAGGUAUUUAGAUAAACAACUCCGGUUCAAAACAGUUGCUUACAGUCUUCUGGGAAACUGUAUCAACUGAUUCGUAUAAUUUUUCGGAAGAUAUAUCUUUUACCGCGUAGCAACCUUUGGACUUAAAACAAAUGAAAGCUUGUUCUCUCAACGGUUGUGAAUUGAAAUACCGCUUGCAGUUAUUUAUAAUGUCUUUCAGAAUACCUCUUUUAUAUUGAUGGUAAAUUUGAAAUGAAUGGUGAGCUAGUUGCAGCAGCUCAUCAACAGUAGCCUCUAUCUCCAAAGCUAAGCCAUGGACUCAACCCUCUCCUUGGUAGAUCUAUUAAUAGAAAGGCGAAUUUCAGGUGAAUUUUCGAGUUCUAUGACCCAAUCAAAACAGAACUUUGGCAAUCCUGUUGUUUUUUGUUAAUUGUCCGCACACAUGCAUUGAGCAGAGACAUUAGUUUUUCAAUUUGCAGUCAGUCACCCAACAGAAAUAUGUUCUGUCGUGGGAAAAAGCUGUUCUGAAACUGAAUCUACUCAGGACAGGGUUGACUCAAGGAAUCAGAGGAGAAUAGAAACUCCCAUUGAUAGGCUCCUGGUUGAGGUCAUCCUUGUGCACAAUUGAAGUUACUCAUGAGAUAAAUAAUAAUUUGACCUGUGGAAGAGAUAACAAGUGACAAAUUGAUCUUCACAGAUAAACUUCAAUUUGAUGUAUGGCAGAAAAAGUGAAGUCUUUAAUGGGAAUCAGGUGUAAUCCCCAUCGAAAGCUGAAUUUUUGAGAUUUAGUUUUCCGAAGUGAAUUAAGCCAAAAUCAUUGGAUUUAACCUAGAUACCUCAGGAAAUAGGGCUCUAUAAACUUUGAAAUGUUGAAUUUGGUUUUUACCAGUUAACAGUAAACUUGUUGGUUUGUUGGGGUUUUUUCUUUUGGCCUCUGGGGUGCAAUUAUUCAUAAGAUUGCUCGACUAGUGCAACAAAAUUCUGUUAAACACUAGACCACUGACUGAGCUAAAUAUCAUCUGCACAUGUCACCAAUGGGUUCAUGAAUCCAUAGCAACAACAGCAUGUAUUAAUUAAAGUCUAAUUUGAAUUAAGCAGCUUGGAAUUAAGCAGUGACCUUUAUUAAGCAGUCUACAAUAAUGUUUUGAGCGUGUUUUUGUUUAUUAAGUGGUCAAUCAUAGUAUAAUAUUAUGUUUUUUUAUUUUUUAUAAUACUCCUAUGUGGAACCUGUAUUAAGCAGUCACUACUCCAUACAGCUUUGACUGUAAUGGAGCAGUAAUUUUAAAACUUUUGAAAGCUCAAAUAGCCCUCAUCCAUUGAAACUGCUAUCAAUUGAUUUAACAAACUUAUGAAUACAGUAGACCUUGGUGGUGUCCUUCACAACAAAAAAAUGUUAAUGCACAAUUUGAAGCAAAACCACCAUAAAUUAUAUAUCAGUGGAAAGGUUAUGAAAUUUUCAUUCCAGCAAAAUUUGGUCUUUACUCAAUUUAAUUGAAAACUCACUGAGGCAUGACAAUUUGAAGUGGACAAUUAAGCAAAUUAUGCAGGUGUCAAAUCAGACUACACAAAAAUAACUUUUGCACAAUUUCAAUUCCUAGUGAGAAAAAAAAAUUAUGAAAGCAGUUGUUUAAGUCACCUUAAGAUAAUAUUUAAGUUGCUUGAAAGCUGAGAUUUCUACUCAAGAAACAAUGUGAUUGUGUAUUAACUUGUUUGAGACCAAUAAGAUGAUUGAUUGUCUGAGAUAUUUUUUAAUAUUUCUUGAUUAGGAAAAGGCUCCAGCUGAGUCCAACCCAAGCAUUUUUCCUUCUUAUAAAUGAGAAAAAUCUAGUCAGCAUAUCAAUAACAGUUGGAGAGGUUUACAAGGAUGAAAAAGAUGAAGACGGAUUUAUUUACAUGGUUUAUGCUUCGCAAGAAACCUUUGGUUCUUGAGUUGUUUAGUUUGCAAACCAAAACAGUUUGUAAAUCAUGCUUUACAUGCAACUCAGACAUGUACGUGACAUACUUGUAAAAGGUAGAUUAGGGUGAGUGAAUGUAUAUACUUAUUUACUGUAGAAUUGUAUUUAGACAGGCAUUGAACUGUGAAGCUGACAUAUCAUACCUGUUGCAAAGAGGCAUUUUAAUAUAUCUAUUGCUUGCCUUUACAAAUAUUGUACCUUAAAAAGGAAUUAACAGGAAGUUUUUGGUUGAGCCACAGGUAAAAUUACUGGAAGUUAAAUUUUAAAUUAAUGGUAAACUUGCACUUUUUUUUGUUACUGAAGGUAUAGGAUAGGUAACAGAUUUAAAGAGAGGUAAAUGGUCUCAUAUUAUAUUGUUUCUUUAAAUAUAAAUUGAUGUGAGAAAUGCCAAGAUGAGAGGAGUGGGUAAAAUGGGAAUUGAAAUGACAAUAUAAUUGCUUAAUUGAUUACAAGUUACUGUUAGUGGUAAUUUGUAUGUAAACUUUUAAGCUCUGUUGUCUUCCUUUGUUUGUGUGUUUUUAAGAUCAGAUUUUGUCACCAAAACUUUUUUCUUAUAACCAAUAUAUUUCACAAACUCAAUUCUAAGUAUGUGCUUUGAUAUCCAACACCAUCUACAUGUAUGUACCAAUUUGGACAAAUAUAUCUCAAAACAAGUUUGUUUAAUUAUAUAAGUAUUAAUUUUAGGUAACAUGGGUGCACACUUGUGAUGGUGUUUAACUCAAUAAGCAAUUAAAUUUAAGUGGGUACUGUGGGUGUUAUGCAAUAAGUUUUAAUGUUCCAGGUAUAUGUUUGAGGUCUUGUUUCCCCGCUGGAGCUGACUGUAAAAUGUAAAUGUAGCACUUGUCUGGAAUGAAAAUAAAGGGUAAUCAAUUUGAUAUUGCUAUGUGAAAAUGUUCUCCAAACGUUUUGAACAUAAUAUGAACAAACUUUGAUGUCACUGUAAUUUCUUUUUAAAUAAUGAAAUCAAGUUAAUAAUGAAGUUACUUUUUUAUUGCUUUCUUUAGUGCCUUGAAAUUUUGUAUUGGGAGAGUGAGAUUAAACUAGGACUAAUUAUUAAUUGUUAGUCACCAUAGUGGAGGAGAGUAAUGUUGGAUACUUACUGAGCCGUGAAGUGACGAGUUAAACAUCCAUCACUUUCACCGACACUCAGAUCAAGAAAUUGUUUUAGUAUAUAUCACACUGAAUCCAAAAAAUUAGACUAGUCGAUGUCUGUCGAUUUACUGAGAAAUAGUCGGAAAUUAUACUCUUGACGCGUGAUUUUUUGCUCUUGG